CUUGACGUCUCGCGAGGAAGCAGGAGUGAACGCUGUCGCGCGCGCGGGCUGCACAGUCUCGAGACGCGGCGGUUUUGUAAGGGAGACAGAAGAAGACGAAAAUAAAAUACAAAUCUGUGUAAACGAAGACGCGACAAAAGGAAUUUACCAGCUCUGCUUUGGCGACGAAACUUUCCCUGCAGUCACGCUUAGAAGCGCGCAAUAGAUUAGUUUCUCUUGUUUUUAAGAGCAUUUAAUAUACUGAAAUAUCUUUGCUCCGAUGUUGAAACAAACGGCGAAUCCUAGUGGGCGAAAAGCCGCCAACGGAGCUGCAGCAACCAUCGGUGUAGGCGGAUCGCCCGUCUCUGCAGUCGGCGUUAACAGCACCAACAGCAGACCCGUGGCCGGAAGGGGUCGAAACUCUGGAAAAGGACCCCCACAAUCGUCUCCAAUGUUUGAAGGAGUUUAUAACAAUUCUAGAAUGCUGCACUUUCUCACAGCUGUUGUGGGCUCAACAUGUGACAUCAGAGUUAAGAAUGGCAGUAUUUAUGAAGGUAUUUUUAAAACCUUGAGUUCUAAGUGUGAGCUUGCUGUUGAUGCAGUUCACAAGAAAAGCUUGGAUCAAAUUUCUGGAGGAACUCCCCCAAAGAGAGAGGAAAUUAUUGACACCAUGAUUUUCAAACCCUCUGAUCUUGUCACCAUGCAUUUCAAGAAUGUAGACCUGAAUUAUGCCACUAAAGACAAAUUUACAGAUUCAGCGAUCAGUUCUUCAAAAGUCAAUGGAGAACACAAAGAAAAAGUGCUUCAACGUUGGGAGGGUGGUGACAGCAACGGAGAGAGCUACGACCUGGAUAGUGAUACCGCCAAUGGGUGGGAUCCCAAUGAGAUGUUUCGGUACAAUGAAGAAAAUUAUGGAAUUAAGUCCACCUAUGAUGCUAGCCUGUCUCUCUACACUGUUCCUUUAGAAAAAGGAAACUCUGAGCAGUACAGACAGAGAGAAGCACGUGCUGAAAAGUUGGCCAGUGAAAUUGAAGCAAGCCCCCAGUACCGGCAGCGAAUCUCAAUGGAAAAUGAUGAAGGGCGGUCUGAGGAAGACAAAUACAGUUCUGUAGUUCGUGAGAGAGAUCGAGACAGUCCUCGAGAGAAGGAGCGGGAUAGAGACAGUCCCAGCUUUUCAAGCAGGGAGGGCAAGUAUAUUCCUCUUCCUCAGCGUGCUCGAGAAAGUGGCAGCAUGAGAGGAGCUCCCAGAGGCUCCAGCAGCAGUGGUGCUGUGGUGGGAUCCCAGACGCAACGUGGUAGCCUUAGUUCAAGUGGCCCUAGGACUGUGGGAGUCGUAUCCAGUUUGCCCCCAAGGUCCACAGCCAACCAGUCCACUGAAGUAAAUCAGUCUCAGUCCCGCAGUUCUUCUGCCCUGUUGGAUGCUGGUAGCCCAUCACUGAGGAGCUCUUACCACAAUCACCAUCAUGGAAGCAGUGUGACAUCAGAACGUGGCAGCCCACAGACUCACCAUUCAGAAUCUUCACGUGGACACACGUCUGGAUUUCACCAUGUUUCUCAUCACCCUGAGCAGCGCAACUCUCUUCAUUCUCCACGGUCACAUAGCAACUCUGAAAGCAGAGCUGCUUCUACUUCAGUGGAACCAAGCAGCAGCAGUCCUGUUGCUGGUAGUCGCAUCAUUACUACGGAAGUGUGUGCAAACACACUAUCUGGUUCCAGCCCACGUAAUCACGUGGCUGGGGAAAGUAACCUUCCAAGCACCACUAGUCCUGUGCCAGGAAGCAGCAGCAGUGGUGGUGGCCAGACUCAGCGUAGUACCUCCAGUGCUUCUCCUGCCGACAUUUCUGCUCCCCAAGCCAUGGGGCCACAAAGGUACUCUUCUGUAGUAGAAAGCAGCAGCCAGACGUGUGGUGGUAGCAACACAGUUGUAGAACCUCAGCGGGUGGUUAAUGGAGUUUCAGGAGCUUCUCGAAUGUCACCCAAGAGUCAGAGAAUCAUCCCUGCCAGUAGGACUAUCAAACCCAACCCAAGUCCCACUGCGACCACUACCUCAGGUACCUCAAGGACCUCAUUCACUCCUCGUUCUCCUAAGUCAUGCAGCGGUUCCCAAGAGGCUCUGCUGACCACUCCUUACCUUGAUAACUCAGCCAUUUCAACGGCUAUCAACAAGCUUUCUAGUCCUGUGCCAAGCUUUCCCAUUGAUGUUAAUGAAUUUUUGGGCACUGGAGCAAAAGAGAGAGCAGUGGAGAACCAGAGCACCGUAUCUGAAGUCACAAAAGCCUGUGCUAAAGUCUCCACUGAGCAUCAGAGAAACCAAAUUGAGGAACUCCGAAAAUUUGGCAAGGAAUUCAGGCUACAACCAAGCACUGGCACUGUUGAGCCAGAGCCUCCUGUGAAGGAUGUAGAUACAGGCACAGUAGACGGAAAGCUGAAGAGGGAAGGUUGUCCUGUAGCAGAUGCUGAUAAGCUACAGCAAGUUCCACAGACGGAGUCACAAGUGGAGCCCGUUGCUGUGGCAGACAGACAGUCCCCAGGCACGUCCUCUCCUGCCAGAACUCCUAGCGAAUCAGAUGAGAGACCAGAGGGCAUGUCUGAACAAGUGAAAAAGUCGACCCUGAACCCCAAUGCAAAGGAGUUCAACCCUACUAAGCCAAUUGUGACAGCAGCAAAGCCAACAAAUACACCAACACCUCCUCGACCACAGACACUGCCUAGUCCUUCCAUUACAGUGCUGCCACCUCCAAACCAAAGCGGCCUAUACAAUCCCCAGUACAUUUCCUAUGUGUCUCAGAUUCACAUGAGUCCAGCAGUUCAAGGUCCCCAGAUGUACCAGUACACCGUGUCAGCAGUUAGCCAAGGCAAGUAUCCCCGGGCUAAAAGUUCAGUAGGACCUCAGCGCUCAGACCAGCAUCAUGCAGCUUCUGCUCCUCCAAUGAUGCAGGCUGCAACUGCAGCUGGACCCCCUUUGGUUGCUGCAGCCCCAUACCCAUCAUCAUAUAUUCAGUACAAUCCACAGCAGGCUGUGAUGCAAGCUAUGGCCCACUACCAGAGCCAGCCUGUGUAUCCCAUGAUCCAAGGAAACCCUAGGAUGAUGUCUGGGGCCCACCCUCAAACGAUUGUAUCCUCCAGUGCACCACAGUAUCCAUCUGCUGAUCAGGGCCCACCUCAGACUAUGUAUGCAACAGUUCCACAGCCAUAUCCUCACCACAGUAACCCCAUGCACCCACACCAACCCCAGCCUGCCAGCACCCCUACUGGUAACCAGCAAGCUGGCCAGCACCCGGCACCCAGUCCAGUACAGCACCAGUCUGGACUGGGAUCAGGACAGCCUCCACAGCAAGGUUUGUAUCAUGCUGGAGCACUGACCCCCACCCCUCCAGCCAUCACUCCUGGUCCAAAUCCACAGUCCCCUCAGAGUGGAUACACACAGCAGCAAGUCUACGCCAUCCACGCUCACCAGCAGAUUCAGCAUGGCUAUGGCCUGGGGCAGAUAGCGCAGGCUCAUGUUCAAGGUGGCCUACCAGGGGGGCAUCCACAUCCCAGUAGCUCUCAUGGACCUCCACAGGUUAUGUUACUUCAUGCUCCCCCCCAGCAGAGUCAUGGUGGGCCCCCUAGCCACCCAAAUCAUCCAGGUCAGGGAGGCCAGCAGAGUGGUGCACACUACACCUAUAUAGGACACCCACAAGCCGUUCCAGUUCAGCCUCAUCAUGCAUCUCAACAGAUAUCAUUCCACCCCCCGGCAAAUUGAGGGUGUGCUGGUGUGGCCUGGGCAAAAUGGGCAGUUGGACCUCUGCAGACCAGUCUGUUUUGAAGUGGGUGGCAUGUAGGUGAAUUCCAGCACAGGCCUGUGCCGCUUGCCUGCCUACCUACCUCCCUCCACUAGUGAGGGCAGGAGAUGUGGCUUCCAAAGCCUGAGAGGACGCAGCCCUUCCCCUGACUUUUACUUUUCUUAUUUAUAAGUGACAGAGAUCUUACCUUUCUGCACUUUCCAACUUGGUUCCCAGAGACCACAAAGAGACUUUACUUCUUUAGUCAUACAUUUAAAAUAUUCAAAAAGACAAAAAAAAAAAUAAAAAAAUAAAGUUUUAAACUUACUAAACUAAAACCA